CUCCACUGUACUUUAAAUCAGCUUUAAGCCAUUUCAUGACCAGCAGAUAAGACGCUUUUCACGGCGGCCUGUGAUUGGCUGCCCGGAAGUGUCCUCGUCCCCACUGGCGGGGACAGAUGUCCAUCAGAUGGGCUUGCGUGUUGAUCUGAUGCAUCCGUUGUGCUGCGGCUGUCAGCAAAACUGCAGACCUAAUAAACCACAUCAGGUGAAGAACCGGGAAGUACCGAAGUUUGGCUGCAUGUAGAAAGGUUUCUGUCGGUCAGAAAUGAGGGGAGUGAAUAAUGGGGACCAACAGCCAGAGGAGCAACUUUAAACCCGAGGUCGACCUCAACGCUCCCGCUCGGAGUGACGAUGGCAGAGCGACGCCCAACGUUUCUGUCAAAGGCCUCAAGGAAAACUGGCAGAAGUGGUCCAGUGAGCACCAGGAGAGCCAGAAGCUUAACCCCUUCAGCCAUGACACCAGGCAGAAUGUGGUGGCCCUUCACAGGGGACAGGAUGAUUACGGGAGUCCCCAGCAGGGGUCCCUGACUGAGAAACGUGGGAAGGAGGCUCACACACACAUCAGCAGGGAGGUCCAGAAGCUGUGCGAGGUGAUAAGGGACAUCGGGCAGCACGACGGGGAUGGACGUGAGGACCACAGGAACAGGAUCACGGUUGAAUUCGGGAAGCUUUUUGAGCAUUACGUGGCCAUCUCCAAUACGCUGGUGGGAAUUCUUUUACGGGCCAGAAAACAGGGACUGGUGGACUUUGAGGGAGAGAUGCUGUGGCAAGGAAAGGACGACCAUGUAGUUAUCACUUUGUUGGAAUAAGCACAUAUUGGUAUUUGUGCUGAUGUCUUGAAUCAUGUUGAGAAAGAGUGACUUCAAAAAAGAGAAAAACACAAAAUCAAAUCCUCUACUGCCCCUGAUUUGUAUUAAAAAGUUGUUUUAGAUUAGCACAGAGCGAAGACACAAGCAGGUAGAAUUAUCAUCAACAUUUCCGACAUAAUUUCAAGAGAACAAGCCAGUAUUUUGGUUCACAACCGCGGUAAAGGUCAAAAGCUUCCAAAAAUUAAGAUUUCCCCAAACAUGCCCAAAACACUUUUAUUAAAGGUCAUCAGCUGGCUGUAAUGAAGGUUGAUAGUUCAUGCAUUUAUGAGAAAAAGAAAAUUGUGCAGCAAUAAUUUCACGCAUUUCUUUCAUGAAUAAAUUCAUAGUUUGUUCAGGAAAAAAAAAUUUUUUUUCAUAAAGGAUUACAAGUCUCAACAGCAGUUUGGUCUAGUUGGGUCUGGACUUUGACUAGGCUAUUGAAACAUCUUGAUGUUUUUUUUUGUUUGUUUUUUCUCUUCCAGCCAUCCGGUUGUAGAUUUACUGCAUAGUCCUGUUAAAUCCUCAGUUUGAGCCAAACUUUGUUAGAAAUCUAAUCUUACAUUUGACUAUAUUUCUACGAUGUAGAUGUGAAUUCAUGGCCAAUUCAGUGUAAGAGUGCACUGGCCUCCAGAAAAGGCCCAACUCGUCACCCGUCUGCCACAGUGCUCGACACUUAGAAUGAGAUUUCCUCUCUAAAAGAACUGAGUCCCCAUUACUGUGUUCUACUGUACUACAUUUGACGAUUGAAAACAACUUUGUUGUUAAAUAAUUCACUCUUCCAAGAUGUUGCUUGCUGCUGUAAGCCUAUAAAUGUAUGAAAAGAACCAUACAAACCCGGCCACACUGAAGUCCACGGCUUUAUGAUGCACUGAAAGUACAUGAGCGAGUAUCUAAAGUCAGAGAGGUAGAUGGGCCUGAAGCAAAGGAGAACACUAAGCCUGCUGCUGACAGACAAUCUGGUGCUAUAAGAUGAACCUGAUCCGACUUGGACCAGAGCCUCGCACUAUGCGUUUAUUACAGAGGUGCUUUGUAGUUGCACUGUCAUGAUGAUUAGUUUUUUUUUUUUUUGUACCUUAACCACACUAAGAUGUACAGUGAAAUAAAAGCACUACUUUGAAAAUGUGACACCAGCGAAUUUGACUUUAUUUAAGAAAUCGUACAAAUACGGUCAAAUGUUUCGAGACUGACUGAAAUGUAGAUCAAUAUUCAAUUUUCUGCCAGCUACUGUAUCUCUAUAGUAUAUUGAUAUGAAAUUCAGAACUUUUAAAGGCUUUUAUGAAGAAAUACAUCAAGUUUAUAAAGCGCCAACAGAUUCGCACUGGGAUAAAAGUAGGAGGACUUUGCGUGCCAAAGUUAACCUUAACUCCCAAUCUUCUGUAGCUUAAUCCUUGUAUUUCCUGCAUAAUGUAACUUGGUCAUUACUGUCCUACUUUACAUCAGAGCAGCAGCCAAUAUGCUGUCCACUUCCGUUCCUGAAACGAGUUGUGCUCUGGUGGCAACUUCAUCCCUUAGACUUCUAACAAUUUGGGUGGAAUCUUAUUAGCAGCACUAUCCUUACCUUUUUGUGAUGCAAAGCGAUACGAGAACACAUAUUUUCCAUCCUGUCCACAUAGCGCAAACAUCUAAAACUGAUGUUGGAAUGUCAUUUUGUAUCAGGGAUACAUCAUAGAGUAAAACAGGCUUUUAUGAAUUAAGUUAAUCAUAAUUAAUUUUGUACUGAGUUGAGUGAUCACUCCUCACAGCAACGUAAAAUCAAUGCAAAGUGUUCCCGUAAAGGCUGACGCAAUAAUGCUUGUGGAAACAAACAAACAAAAAAUAAAUGAUCCAUCUCAAAACUUUUGGCCACAAUUAGACGCACUUUUAAGUUAUAAAAUCAUGCAAUUCAAUGAACAUUUUCAUGAUCAACCAGUAUGUACACAUCAGGGAAACGUUUGACAAUAGAGGCCAUAGGAUGAUGACUUGGAUGACUUCAGGUCCUCAAAGCUCUGACUGGCUGAUUGGGUUGAGUUACGAGAAAGGAGGAGGACUAAUGAAGACCACAAACAACCCGCUAGAAGCAACAUUGUUUAUUCUAAAUUAAUAAUUAAAAGUGCAUAUUGGUUGUUCACAUUCAGUUCAUACACAGCAGUAAAGGAUGACAAUGCCCUGACAUUUGAUAAAACUUGAUUAAAGAUGGAUGGCUUAUGAAUUUAAAUGCUUCCAAACUGAUUCCAUCAAGUGGAUAGAAUCACACUUACAAAAAAAAACUAAGUCUGCCAUAAAAUUAGUGUUGUUGUUGUUGUAAUGUUUAAUUAUGUGUAUUCUUUAAAUAUGGUUUUGUUUGAGGUAAAGCAGACUUUUACGAACUGGUAGCCAGUAUUUAUGUACAUCUUUCGCGUAUACUAAGCAAUAUAUAUAUAUAUAUAUAUAUAUAUAUAUAUAUAUAUAUAAAUGCAUUUUACACAUUGCAAUCAUUUAAGUAUUUUCAGUGCAUUAACUGUGUUGCAGUGCUUGUUAUGAUCAUGUUGUACAGUACCUCAACAAUCAAAGUAAUGUUUUGAGGUUUACACGUGUAAAUCAGGCAGCACAGCUCAUAUAUUCAGUGGAUAAAUGUUCAAUUUGAUAUUUUUUUUCACAUGCAUAACCUCAGUUUCACAAUGCAGGCCCUCUGGAAUGACA